GAUCAAAAAAUGGCUCUGGAAUGGGUAGUGCUUAGCUACGCCGCUGGUGCAGAAGCCAUCAUGGUACUCCUCCUCACACUCUACGGCCUCCGCAAGGGCUUAAUCGCGGUCACACGCAACCUCCUCAAACCCUUCAUGACGGUGGUCCCCUUCUCUCUCAUCCUUCUGAUUGAUAUUUACUGGAAAUACGAGACACCCCCCAGCUGCGAAGCCCACUCCUGUACUCCUUUCGAGCAUUUCCGUCACCAGAAAUCCAUCAUGAAGUGCCAACACAACACUCUUCUCAUCGCCGCCACCCUUCUUUUUUAUUGGCUUUUUUACUCUAUCACUCACCUUGUCGUAACGGUCGAGCAGUUGAAUCAGCGCCUAGAGAGGCUUAAGAAUUGCGAUUGAGUUAGAUAAGUGCUUCAUUUUUGGAAUGGUUGUGUUUGGGAUACUCUUUUGUUGUCAUCUUUUUCUGUUUUGCUUUGAUAUUUAUCUCGUAUUUUUUUAGAUAAUUAAGGAUUUUAUUAUGUGAUUACAAUUAUAUGUUCUUGUUGAAUCUUCGUUUUCCAACUUGUAAUUUGAUAAA